AUGGCUACCGGAUUGGUAAAGUGGUGGCGAGCAAGGUUCCUCGCUGGCUACAGACCCUUUUCUGUCGUAGGGACCAACACGGAGGGUAGCGAUUCCGAGGAGCUGCUCACGGGCGUCCCGACGGCCUGCAACGUCUCGCCACCGCCGACGACGACGACGACGACGACGGCGGCGACGACGACGACGGAGGCGCAGCCGAUUUUAAUUUCCCCCGUGGAGUCGGCGCAGGCCGACAGCUCGGGCGUGCCCGCAGGACCCGCCGGCAAUGAUGAACAGCCUACUCGCGGCACGACGAAGCAGCUUAGUUUCGAGGAAUUCGAGUGCGACGUGUCGGUCGCGGAGGGCGACAGGCGGCGGCAGGAGUUCUCGUUCACUCUGUACGACUUCGACGGGCACGGCAAGAUCACCAAGGACGACAUAGCCGGUCUGGUGACGACCAUUUACGACACGCUAGGCGCCUCGAUACAGGUGCCGCCGUGCGGCAGCAAGACGAUCAAGGUGAAGCUGACGGUGUCGCCGGAUCAGCGGGCGAGCAGCAGCAGCAGCCAGGUUCCGCGCAACGCCGCCGGCGCCUGCCUAAAUGCCACGCAAACGCCCCAGGCCGCGGCGACGACGUUGCCCGGUCACCAGCACAACGGCCCGUCGUCCUGCUGCCAUUUGAAGCACGUCGCUCCGUGCGGCCACCACGCGACUGCGGCCACCGCCGCUCGCCACGGCGCGGCCAGGGUGCCUAGAAGGAGGCGAGCGACGCGGUAUCGCUGUCAGACCGAGCGAAAAGAGGUGGAGACCCACAGCGAGGACGACGACGAGAACGCCCGAACGAAUCGAGUGCAGCAAGAGGAGCUACGUAGAAGAGUCGGUCCGGUGCCCCAUUUACCAUCUCCCUAUUCAAACAGCUCGGAGGGUGAUGUGAGCGAUGAUAGUGACACUUCCCCCGCGUUCUCGCCAUUAACGCCGCUUCUUACGACGAAUCAGCGGAAACGCAGCGGCGCCCUACAAAGGCAACAAUUGCUGGAGAUUAUUCAGGCCAACAUGGAAAAAAAUAAUCUCAGUUUUCACACAUCAAGGAAACGGCACCAAAACGAACAAGCGCGCAUUCUGUCUCACAGUCCCCAUCUAGAAAACUUGAAUCACAACAAUCAGGAUUGCCCCACAUCUCUGGAGCCCCGUCAAGCGGCCGUCAACUAUCACAAACCAAUCCGGGAGAGCACUCAUCAUUCCGUGUCGUUUCCCAAAACGCCGAUCAAAUCGCGGUCGGCGAACCUCCGAAAGACGCGGCACGCGACACCGAGGAACAACGCGACACAUUCCUCUCCCCAGACCUACGCGGCGUAUUCCUUACCCGCGACGCAGAUACUGAAUCGUAACGUACUCGCCCCGACGACGGUCUACAACGACACGCCGCAGCACACCACCAGCGGCGGCGGCGGUGGCGGCGGCAACAACGCUCACCGCAACAUCGUCAACCUCGUGCCCAACAAUAACCAGCAGACAGCUAAUCAGACGAUCACCAACAAUCACAGCAACUUGCAGCGCAACGACACGCAAUUCGUCCACGGGCAGCAAAGCGGCAGACCGAGCAAGAAGCAUCAGCUGAAGCACGCCACGCGGGAGCAGGAUCAGGCCCGUGCGAUGGCGCAGGUCGUGCGCUGGCUCGAACGUGAAUUCUCGCAGAACGCGGUGGCGGCCACGUCCGGCCGCAGGCACGUCCACGAGCACAUACACCAUCACUAUCAUCACUAUCAUGCCGAGGCUCUGGUUUAAUCGGCGAUCGCAAAUAAAUUCGAGUUUAUCUGGUUCUAAGUUUCCUCGAACUUGGGAAUCGUCGCGAUACGACGAAAUUAGUUUUUAAAAAGGAAAUUCUCGCGUCACUUGUAUCUGCAUUAUUGUUAUUCGGGGGAACAACUUGGCGCCUUCGCGCCGUGAAAAUUUUUUCACAUUUAUAAGGACGCUAUAUGGCGCGUUUUACUUCUGAAUUCCCGUAAUAAUCAAUACGUGUCGUAUCGAUUACUUAAGGAAUUUGUGUACUAUGAAUUGUUUAUUGAAUCUCUGACUUCUCGAGCAAGGCAAAUCACACAAUUCGUACCACAUUCAUCGUUCGAAUAUAUCUACUGUUAAAUACGAACGCAAAUAAUUGUGGCGCUCGUUUAAUAUUGUAUGAAUUUAUAAGCAUCGGGAUUAGACAGAACGCGAUUUUUUCACACAUCGCAAAUAGAAAAUGGCACUGCGAUUUGCUCAAAGAAACUUUUGUGGAAGACAUGCACGCUCGAUGUAAAUUACAUGUGUUACUUGCGCAGGUUUUCUUGAGCAAAGAGAUAUAGUUACUAUUAAAUCUCAGGCUUACGAUAUACAUAUAUCUACAUGUCGCACUACGACGAUGACGAAACGUCACCCGAUUAGGAUCGCAAUUUAAUGAUAAAAUGUGUAUACUAUAUUCGCAGUAUUUCCCGGAAUUGAGAAACGAUACACGGGCUAUCGUGUGCUUUGAGGCAAGAUUACAGUUUUGGACGAAAGGAAGAAGAAUGCAGUCGCUCUUUCUCAUUCAAGCGCGAAACUACGGCUAUCGCGUUGUACAUAGAGAAUAUCCCAAAGAGAGCAUCUUUUCUGUAUACAAGCGUUACAAUUAAGAGAAAUGAUCUAGAGUCGUGACAAGUUCGAAGCAUAAAGACUCCACAUACGAAUGUUCCUGUGUAACCGGAGAGUUGUUACAAUUCUCUUUAUCGAACGUAGUAUUCUAGAAAAUCUCAAACGCGACUCUGACGGUGCUUGUAUACCCGUACGGUCGAGCAAACGCGCAACUUCGAUAAAUAAACGCUUCAAUCUCUCAUAUACAGGGCGUUUCACUUCUAUCGGGUUAAUAUAUCAGUAAUGAAACUUUUGGCCACCUUCAGAUUGUUUUCUUUUGGCAGAAAUAUCGGAGCAUUGACAGAAGAUGAGCGAUUUGAGAAAAGUUUAUUUAAUUAGGUUUUAGAAAAAUUUCCGUGUUAAGAGAAGAGAUGGUUAGCGAGCAAUAUUUCACGUUCGUAAAUAAAUCUUGAUAGAAUUUUAACUUUAAGGCUUGAUUCAAAAGAUGCACGACAUCAAAAAUUGCAAAAUUGUACGAUACGGACGAAGGAUAGAACAUUAGAAAUCAGGACAAUGCCAUAGCGGUGGUACACCCUGUAUAUCUUGCUAGUCCUACAUUACGACAAAUAAAGCUCUUUCACUAUCCGCGAGGUACUUGGAAAGAGAGUGACAAUUGAGUUCUUACUAGUGCCUUGUAAUCUAGAACUCGUUUCGUACUCGCGAAUAUUGGUCCCUCUUCCUUUUUUUCUGCAGAAAUCUCGUUUCCUUCUACUCGUCGAAGACUGUCCCGUAUCUGGGCAAUCUGUAUUUUUCGGACUCGUCGUUUUGUCGUUACAACUCGCCGCCCAGAAUUUCUCAUCGUUAGAUUGUGUGCACUAUUUAUUACUGACGCGCGAGGGGAUGCGCGCGCGAACGGAACUAUGAAAAUCGACAAUAUUUCUCAAUCGGGUGUCGCAAUGAAGAGUAUUACGAUUACCUUUAGCGAUAGAGAUCAUAAUAUUACUAUUAAGGCUAAUUUUACGAUUAGAUAGUUUACAUUGACAGUAAGGGUCCUAGAUAAUUACGUUGCGGGAAAUGUAAUUUUAUAUAUCGACAUUUUGUAAUCCCUGUAGAUAUUUUCUGUAACUUUUUUUUCUAUUGAUAUUUAUUAAAAGACGUUUUUUAUACUAGGCCACUCGCAUUCAUUUUUAUGCGCGUGGCUUACGCGUGACGCGCACCCUGUAAAACAGUCGUUGGGAUUAAUUAUGUACAUAGCACAAGUGACUGCCAGUAAACACCGUCUAACAGUUACAUAAUAUCAGUAUUAUAAUUUCUCACUCAGUAAUCUAAGUAUAUGAUAGUUGUGAGUGGAAAGUUAUAAUAUUGAUUGUAACUGUCGGGUGUUUACUGGAUCGUUACAAGCUCAAGAAAAGAUUUACUUUUUUUAAACUCUAUAUAAAUCAGCGUAAUCUUCAAAAUGAACUCCGAAAGUAUUCGUUUCUUGUCUAAAUUCUUAUAGGAUAUAAUAAGAAUUCGUUCUGUGUUCGAAAAGGAGCACGGAUUUUAAUUGAUAUACAAAAGUGAAUUCUAUUCGAACUUAAGAAUGUUUUUGGAACGAAAAUGGAUUGAAAAAGAAAGACGUUUCGCAAGUCGGAAGAAAGAUCCGUUUGGCCUUCGAUCGAUGAGGAGCCAGAGUCUUCGAAAAAUAAAUCUAAAAACGCUUAAAGGUCCCCGAGAGGGUGGAAACGCGAUUUCUUUUUCGCGCGAAAAGCCGAUUGUCAAGUUGACGUGUCUUUCCGCGAGACUCGGGCCUCCCUGCCGCGUCGAAACCCAGAUUAGCACCCAUAGUUCUAUGAAUAUUCUUCUGGAGUGAAAGUAUCUUUAAUUUCAGAAUAUUCUAAAAAUAUAUA